AUGUCAUUCAAAGUAAGCUCCUCAAUACACAAAGUAAACAUCACCUUACUGAGCAUCUCAAUUUGUGAAAUUAUUGAGAAUUUCUACUCGAAAUAUUCAAAGAAUGUAGAUAUUAUUAACAUUGGUGGCACACAGGAUGAAUUGGUCGGCGAAAUUAUGAAAAAUAUCAAUAGUUCAAUGGCAGUGACACUGAUUUCUGUCCCAAACAUCCUUAAAUGGAACACAAAACUUGAACAUCAAUCGAUUUUAUUGUUUGACUAUUUUGAAUAUUUUGAUUGGUUCACAAAUCAUGAUUUUGUUGAAAUGCGAUACAUAAAUUCAUUCAGAUUUGUUGUUUAUUGUCCCUUUGCAACAUAUUAUAAUAUUUCAAAUCUCACGUCUGAUAACAACAUUGCACCACUCUACUACAUUAUAGUCUUUGAUCAAGACAAGAACAUCUUUAAGCUUUUGACAUUCGAGAACCGAAAUGACCUUGAAGCUUGCCAUGAGAGACAACGAUUAAUGGAAAUCAAUGAAUUUACAACAGACACUCAAAAAUGGCUGACCAAACCGAUUUUUCCAAAAAAAUAUACAAACUUUUAUAACUGUAUCAUGCAUUUAGGAGUUCAAGAAUCAAAUUCAUUUUUACCAUCAAAAUUGACAGGAACACAUGUCGAAAAUGAAUUUGCAGGACUUGGAUACAUUUUAUUCGUCCUUGCUCAAAAAUUAAAUUUCUCAGUUAGAAUAUUUUACUGUGAUGAAUACAAUUGCAAUGAGGAAAAAUCAAUGUUUAUUUUUUAUAAUGUUUUUGCAUUUCCAAUUUUGAGCAUGUUUCCUCUUGAAAUGGAUUCAUUUGGAUGGCGUUAUGUUAUGAUUAAUGUUCCAGCAAUGUAA